UUCUGUACUUCACUGACUAUGUGGCUUCUGCCAAGUUCUGCUGUAACUGGCUUCAUCUCUCAAGUCGGAUGUUUGACUGUUCUAUCCCAUGCAACCAGGAGGCAUGCCAGCUGGACACACUUUCCUUCCGGGCCCCUGGCAGACGGGAGCCGAGACCACAGCUAGAGAGACCCUGAGCCUGAAGGUUUGUGGCUCUGUCUCAGCUGUGUUGCUUAAGGAGGGCUUGCCCCAGCAAUGAUCUCCUCAUUGCUCCUGGCCUUCCUAUUCCUGGCUCUGGCCACAGUGACCACUCCCAGAGCUGACAGUCAGUGUCUGGCAUGUGGAAGGCCUGCCCUGGACCUGGAGAGUCAGCGGGAGCUGCUUCUUAACCUGGCCAAAAGAAGCAUCUUGGACAAGCUGCACCUCAGCCAGCGUCCAACACUGAAGCGACCUGUGUCCAGAGCUGCUCUGAGGACCGCACUGCAGUGUCUCCCUGGGCCCUCGCAGGGAGCGCUUCCAGAGGCUGACAGGGGACAGGAAUAUGAGAUCAUCAGCUUUGCUGAGACAGGCCUCUCCAGCAUCGACCAGACUCGUCUUGAUUUCCACUUCUCUAAUCAAACUGCUGGUGGCUUGGAGGUCCAGCAGGCCAGCCUCAUGUUCUUUGUGCAGCUCCCUCCCAAUACCACCUGGACUUUGAAGGUGAGGGUCCUUGAGCUAGGCCCACAUGACACCAACCUCACCUUGGCCACUCAGCACCUGCUGGAGGUAGAUGACAGUGGUUGGCACCAGUUCCUCCUGGGGUCUGAGGCUCAGGCUGCCUGCAGCCAGGGGCACCUGAUCCUGGAGCUGGUUCCUGAAGGCCAGUUAGCCCAGAGCUCAGUCAUCCUGGGCAGGGCUGCCCAUAGGCCUUUUGUGACAGCCCGGGUAAGAGUUGGGGGCAAGCACCGGGUUCGCCGGCGAGGCAUCGACUGCCAGGGGAGGUCCAGGAUGUGCUGUCGACAAGAGUUCUUUGUGGACUUCCGUGAGAUUGGCUGGCACGACUGGAUCAUCCAGCAUGAGGGCUACGCAAUGAACUUCUGCACAGGACAGUGCCCGCUGCACAUGGCAGGCAUGCCUGGUAUUGCUGCCUCUUUUCACACAGCGGUGCUCAAUCUCUUCAAGGCCAACUCAGCUGCAGGCACCACUGGAGGGGGCUCAUGCUGCGUGCCCACAGCCCGGCGCCCCCUGUCUCUGCUCUACUAUGACAAGUACAGCAACAUUGUCAAGACUGACAUACUUGACAUGGUGGUAGAGGCCUGUGGGUGCAGUUAGGCCACGUGUGGUCUGGGCAGUCCGAGGCAAGGUGAGCAAAACUGCCCUGACAGAGGUGCUCUUCCUUGAGAAGAGGGAGUGGCCCCAUCACUGCCUCUGUCCAGAAGAUGGACUCCUUCUUCCUGAGCAUCGUAUGGAAAUUAUCCCAACUAUGACUUGAGAAGAACUUCAUCUAAGAAGAGUCAUUGUCAUCUAAGGAGAGUCGCUGUACCACCUUCAUAACCACCAGCCUCUCUCCUAGGGCAUAGUCCAUCCAGCAAGCUCCACGUCCUCAACCACCACCCCAGGGACUCUGAUCCACCUCCAGCCAUGAGCAGUGCCAUCAGUUCCCAGGCAGAAGACACCGGUGACCCAUCUUUAAUCCAGCCCACAAUCCACUACACCUCCAUGCCCUUUCUACUCAAUGUCCCUCUCUCCUGGAUGAGCUUACCCAGCCCCUUCCCCUGAUUUUCUGAAUUUCCAGAGAGCCCCAUCCUGAGAUUUACCAAACAUGACAUCCUCUCUGUGUCUUAAGCCCUUUUCCUUCUAACUUGCCCAGUGGACUGCUAAGGCUCUCUUGGCACAGCCUCAUCCACUCUUGUCUUUCUCUGCCCUGCUCUGUGCCCUUUGGGGCUGACUUACCUGAGUUCCAUUGACCUUUGGCUUCCUGCCGAGUUUGACUAAGAGGAGACAGAAGCAGGAGAUCAAAGGAUAGGAGGAGACAGGUCAGGGUGUUUCUUAUUCCUGCUCCCUCUGCCCAGGUGCCGUGGUUCUGUGUGACUUUGGCUGUGGCCAUGUCCCUACAGUUCCUGUCUGACUGCCCACUAGGUCCUCAUAUCAGUGUUUUCAUGUUAUGGGCUUGUAAUGACUUUCCACUCUUGCUAGUCCCUGGGUGUUUCAACGUCCCUGGUUGGUUCCCUUAGCCCUGCCCAUACCUCUGUAAAGAAGUCCUCCAUUAAAUCUUCUUAGUGAUGCAAACUCAGACAGCUGAGUGGGUCUUUUGUCUCCUGCCAGGACCCUGAUUGACACCCCAGAUGACAUGGAGCCUGCCUGCCCUGCCCACUUUCUCUCCUCACAGUCUCCUUAGGGCUGAGCUAUUGUGUCCAUCCCGUACAUCAUGACUCUUCCUUCUCCACGCUGCCUCCUCUUCUUUCUUAGGCCUCCUCCUCCCUCCCAGAACCAUCUUUGCUGGUCUUACAGCUAAUAAAGGCCUGAGUUUUACCUGCUUAUCUCCUCCCUCUGUCCCCGCUCCAAGAGAUGAGACAGAUCACUGCUCAAUCAGCAAGUAGGCUGGCAACCUGUGGGCACAUACAUGGUGGGAGGCAGAGGCACGGCUCAAAGCUGGCCACCUUCCCUUCAAUGACCCGCAAGGCCCCAUCCAGGAGUCCUGCCUGGAAGAUGGAACUGGCCAAGGGCCACUUGAGCGAGACAGAGAGAAGAAAAGGUAGGCCUCGGGUGAGGAGAGGGUGGCAUUUGCCCUAAGACUAGGUACUCUCUAGACCUUUGCCCUCCUCCCCCACUAUCUCCUCCCUUUGGUUGGACAGCCCUGAACCAUGCGGUCGAUAAUGUCUGCAGCCCAAGGCCGAGUUUGCGCAAAACCCAUGUGUCCUUUGGGAAACGUGAUGUCUGUGUUUGCUCAGCAUAUAACCCCCUCCUAUCUGGGUCUGAGGUCCCUGGAAUAGGAACCCUAGAGGAGAAAGUCUGAAAGGGACCUACCCAGGGGACUGCAGAUCUGAGCUGUGGGGCUUCCUGAGCAAACGCAUGGAAGAUAUCCCGCCUUUGACGUGAGGAAAUCUUCAUCUAAGGAAGUCUUCUGAUGGCUCUCCUUCCCCCUACUCCACCCCUCUCCCACAUCUAACCUCCCUCCCAGCUUCAGUCCCCAGGGCCAAGACUAAGGUGAGGUGAAGCGAAGCACUUGCUUUGGGGGCAAAAUUUUAAGGGGACGCCAAAAAAUUCAUCAAUCAAGCUAAAUAUCUUAAUACAGUAUUUUUUAAAUCAAAAUUAAUGCAAAAAAACCCACGAUGAACAAAGUAGCAAAUUUUAAAAUAAAUUAAAUUGAAAAGGAA